GUCACUCUGCACGUCAACCUGUCCUUCAACUUCGAUUGCCCAGCCCGAACUGUCGAACUCAUGUUUGAUUAACAGAGUGUGACGACUUUUCGAUCCGACACAAAAGCUGGUCGCUCGUGUGUUUUUACAUCUGCAUCUUUAUUAAGCGUCGGCUCACAGGAAAGCCGAUAACGGUUCUUGAGUUCCAAAAAUGCAACAAUCCCAACCACUUCUCACUGAAGAAGAUGGCCGAGACAUCGAGACCUCCGAAGUCAACGCAGAGAUCGAUUAUGACCUUUGGCAAAAGGAUAUGGGCACUCCGUUACGGAGGAGCCGCAUUCAUGGCCUCCUGCAAAGCUAUCACAACACAAAGCACUACAUCCAAGAUAACAUCCUGACCCGACGAGUCCUCAUCUCAAUUCUUCCCCAUUACCUACAACCUGGGGGCUUAAAAGCUCCCCCCAACCUGCGGUCGACAGCGUACCUUGACGCCCUCCGAGGCUAUGCCGCCUGGGUCGUCGUGAACCACCAUUUCUACUGGACCAACCAUUACCUGAAGCUGCCCUUGAUCGACAUCGUUCACUCGGGCCGCGCCAUGGUCGACAUAUUCUUCAUCAUCUCGGGGUACGUGCUGAGCCACAACCUGCUCCAAAAGAUUCGAGAGAAGAAAGAGCAGAAUCUGCUGAAGAGCCUCGCCUCGUCCACAUUCCGACGUUAUAUACGGCUGUACUUUUCCGCUGGGUUCGCGGCCCUGGUGUCCAUGCUGCUUACCUGCGUGGGUCUGUUGAAGUACCCCCUUGUAGCCUGGAAGGGCUCCUUUUUCGUUCAGCUGGCAGAUUGGGUGAAGGACAUGCUGCGGUUCAGCAACCCUUUUGCCGACGUGAAGGGCUACUACUACGGCGAGCACACACAGAACAGCAGAUACCACCCGUAUCUGUGGACGAUUCCUGCCGAGUUCCGCGGGUCCAUGGUGGUGUUCGUCUUCUGCUUGGCGUGCUGUAAGCUUUCAACCAGGCACAGGACAAUUGCAUGUUGGCUGUUAAUCACUCUCUGCUAUCUCUGGGACGCAGCAUACGUGGCACUGUUCAUGUUCGGCGUGCACCUCGCUGAAAGAUCACUCAACAAGCCUGCACCACAGACUAGCUCACCUUCACCGGAGAUGGAACAGCUUCAAGUCGAAAUAGGGGCGCAUGCUGAGAAGAUACGAUGGCGCCGCAGCAGGCUUGCGACCGGCGGUCGAUACCUUGUCGCCAUCAUCGCGCUUGUUGUUGGAGUCUUCCUGUGUAGCCAGCCGCAUAAUCUCGGCAAGAAGGGACCCAACCCAUGGCCGGUCCUCAGCAAGGCCGUUCCAUCAUGGUGGCACGGAGGAGACCAGGGCCGCGAGCACUUUUGGUUGAGCAUCGCCGCAGCUCUGAUCGUGUGGGCCCUCGAAACAUGUCCACCUCUCCAGCGCCCCUUCAAUUGGGGGUUUUCUCAAUACGUUGGGAAACUGUCUUUUGGACUAUAUGUCAUGCAUCUCCUUGUCGUGAGAUCGUUCUGGGAUGGGCCCUUGAAUCAAUUGAGGUCAUGGUUGGGUAAUGGCCAGAAGUCCUAUUGUUUCACAUAUGUGAUUUUCAUGCUCCUGGUGUUCUGGGCGGCUGAUUAUUUCAUAAGGGUAGACCGUCAUAUCAUUGCGUUUGGUCGGUGGUUGGAAAGGAAGACAUUCACCUGAGGCUUUGAUGAAUCAUGAAUGACGUCGACCUCAGGUUUUCGCAUAUAUAGGAUGAUAAGAAAAGUCACCUUCUUUCCGUGUACAUGGAC